UAGCAAGCUGAGAGUGAAGGGAAAAUUUUGGCGUUCGCAAGGAUGAGACUUCCCAUCUUAGCUGGCACGUCCAGCAGGAAGUUUCUGCUCGGCAGCAUCGUUUUCCUUUUAUGGAUAAAAUUACCCAACGAACCAGUCAACGCUUCAGCUGCGACCGAAAUCAUGGAAAAAUGGGCCGAUAACUUCGGUGAAGAGCUGUGGGAAAUGGCACAAACGAUGACAAAGGCGAUGGAGAUUACGGCGAAAUACAAAGCCUACAAUGCCCGCGUGGAGCGCAAGAACGGUACGACGUUGAUACAAUCGAUCGUAGAAAACGUUGGCCGUAUGUUUAUCCGCAAGAUGGACGCCAUCAAGUGUAUUAUCAAUCUGGCGGAGGAGCUGUCCGAGCAGUUCGAGUACAAUGAAACGCUAGCGGACAACUUUUCCUACUUUUCCAGCAAAUACUCCAAUAUUGAUGGACGACCCGAACCGGAAAUCCCGGAAACGUUGCUAGAGAACGCCUGGAUGUACCGGAACAUGUCACUCAAUCCGGACACUCACUUCUUCAACAUUUCGGUCAAUACUUCGUACAGCUCGGUACACGUGCCACAGAACGUGUACGACCGUUAUCCCUGGGUGCUGGAGGCACUGCAAUGGUCCGAAUCGUUGGACGACGUGUUUGUGCAGAACUACAACUCCGAUCCGGCCCUCUCAUGGCAGUACUUUGGUUCGUACACGGGAAUGCUACGCCACUAUCCGGCUCUCGAGUGGAAUCGGGAGCAUGUGGACACGUUCGAUUGCCGCAAACGUUCGUGGUACAUUGAAACGGCCACUUGCUCGAAAGACAUCGUUAUACUGCUGGAUAAUUCCGGCUCGAUGACGGGCUAUCGGAACUAUAUCGCCCAGCUGACGGUUAAAAGUAUACUGGACACGUUUUCGAACAAUGAUUUUAUAAACAUUUACAAAUACUCGAAUGAUGUGGAACCAUUAGUACCUUGCUUUAAGGAUAUGUUAGUACAAGCGACUCCGGAAAAUAUGCGUUUCUUUAACGAAUACGUACGAGAGCUUCUUCCGGAAGGAUACGCGAAUGUUAAGAAGGCUUUUGUGGCUGCCUUUGAGCUUCUCCAGAAGUACCGUGAGAUACGUCGAUGUAACGAAUCCGUCAGUGGAUGCAAUCAAGCGAUCAUGCUCAUUACCGACGGUGUUCCAAGCAACAUCACGGAAGUAUUCGAGGCAUACAAUUGGUUCGAGAAUGGCACCAAAAUCCCAGUGCGUGUGUUCACCUAUCUGUUGGGUCGCGAAGUCACCAAAGUGCGUGAAAUUCAGUGGAUGGCGUGCCUUAACCGAGGCUACUACUCACACAUCCAAUCGUUGGAUGAAGUACAAGAGGAAGUAUUGAAGUACGUCACCGUGAUCGCAACUCCGCUAGUGCUACAAGGUGUGGAACAUCCGCCAACAUGGACGCAUGCCUUCACCGACACCGCAGAAAACCUACUCACGGAAGCGGACGAUGACGAGCCACCGAGACUGAUGAUAGCUGUCGGUGCGCCCGCAUUCGAUCGAAAGGCGAAUCAUUACAAUGAAACACGAACCGCUCGUUUGCUGGGAGUGGCCGGAACAGAUAUUCCGGUGGAAGAUCUCGAUGAGCUGACGCUACCGUACAAGCUUGGCGUUAAUGGUUACUCGUUCAUCGUCAGCAACAAUGGUUACGUGCUGAUGCAUCCAGAUCUGAGACCUGUUUCGAAUGGACGACUUAAGGAAAACUACAACAGUAUCGAUCUGACUGAAAUUGAGCAGAUCUAUGAUGAGAAUAUUACGCGCCAGGUUGAGGACAUGACAGGCCGCGAGAUGAGUCCGUUUAUAUUGGAUUUGCGUCAACAUUUGGUAGAUUCGCGGUUUGGUAAAAUGUUGAAGUUACCGGUGCGAUUCCAUUACGACAAGAUGCGACGAGUAUCGCUCGAGUAUCAGGACUACUACUAUGCACCGCUAGAGAACACUCCGUUCUCGCUGGGUUUGGUGUUGCCGCAUGACUACGGUAGCACGUGGAUUAAGGUGGGCGACGAGAUUAAACGCAACCAGCAUAUGGGUUUGAAUAUUUCCGAUUUCUUUAUGGGUGAUAACUGGAAGGUGCAUCCAGAUUGGGUGUACUGCAAGUACCAUUAUCUGGAAGGACACGAAUUUAAAACACCCGAGGAUGAGCUGCGCCAUUUUCUGAACCGAUUGUACGAACCAACGUGGAAGUGGUCCCAACAGUAUGAACCCGAAGAUCCCGACGAGAAGGCAGAUAACGAUGGUCCCAACUGUGGACGCAAAACGUUGGAUGACGAUGCGUACUACUGUAACAAGGAGCUGGUAGAGCUGCUAAUCUUCGACGCGAAGGUCACCAACAACAGUUACCGCAACUGGGAGUUUGAGACUGAGAAUGAACGCAAGAUUAUCGAGAUGUAUAAUGCCACGUUGCGGUUUGUCGCUACGAUGAGUGGACUAACCCGCUGGCAGUUCAUCUUCGGUGAGGUUGAGGUGGACACCGACAGUGAGUUUGGUGAUUAUCACAAGAAAGCAAUUGAUGAAACGUGGUACCGUAGUGCGAUCUUGCAGCACAAGAUCGAUCCGAAGAGUUUCGUGUACUCGGUACCGCACGAAUCGGACCCACCGGAAGAUGGUGAGCUGAAGGUGACGGCAACGAUGGCCAUUUUUCCGCGGGAUGGUGGACUGGAGGCGCCUGGGUGUGUGACCGGGUUUCAGUUUACGCAUUCGCUUAUGUACGAUCGAUUUAUGGAGAUUACGUCCAAGAAAACGUGUGAUGACUGUAUCGAAACGUGUGCAUCGGAUGCCCGGGAUUGCUACGUGAUCGAUCACAAUGGGUAUGUGGUGCUAUCGGAAACGUCCAACCAUACAGGGCGAUUCUUUGGAGAAAUCGAAGGUGCGAUCAUGCAAUCUAUGGUAGAUAAGGAAAUCUUCAACAUGAUCACCGUGUUCGAUCUACAGGGCUUGUGCGAGUAUGAGCGUGUAGUAGAAAAUGAUGCCAUCGCGUUACUUCACCCUUGGCGAGUCCUGAUGCUUGGCCUAAAGUGGUUUGUUGCGGAAGUUGCUAUGAUGCUUUCCCGGUUCGAUUUUUGGGUGCACGGCAUCCCAAGUCCCGACUACUUUGGACAUGAGUACGAUGACUACGAUGAUACGCGCCCAUCCAAACCGAAAAAGAUACACGUCGACGAGGAAGAGGAGUACUUUAAUCGACCCAAAGAAAUUAAGAAAGAGAUCGUAUACGAACCGUGUGAUAAAAAGUCUAACCUGUACGUGAUGCAGCAGGAGAAAUUUAUCAAGGGUGAUGGCUUUUUCUACGAACCACCACCACCACCGAUGGAGGAAGUUCUUUACCCGCCGUACUUUGCUAAACGUAUUCCACGCUCCAACUUGCUGAUGAUCAUCGUCGAGAACGGGUACAAGGUGGAUCGAGUAGUGUUGUCCGCCGAACCCGAGGUGAUCUACCAUAACGAAUCGGAAGCGUUACCCUGUGUAAAGACCAAACUAAACUUCCUUCCCCGCCGACGCUUGGAGGAGUGCUACACCGAACAUCCGGAUGAAGAACUUGUUGCCCAAUGUGGCAGUGGAUCCCGCCUAACAAUGCAACUGACUGUAGUGAUAACGACUAUUGUAUCACUGUUGUUAUAUCGAUGUGCCCAAAAUGCUAAUCCAAUUUUAAUGUAGACUCGAUAGUAGAAAUAUUAGGAACCGAUUUUGUACCGCAAGUGCGAGCGUAUAGGAGACCGCGACGUCCCUUUUUCUAGUCUAGAGAC